CCCCUAUUCCGGGAACGUCACGGUGACGUGUCCCAUCCUCCCUCUCCCCCCCCCCCAGUCGGUGUCAGGAUGUGGUUCUGGUCCCGGGACCCGGCCCGUGAUUUCCCCUAUGAUAUUAUUGGGGAGAGAGAGGAGUUACCGGGAGGAUGGGGCAUCCAGAAAGGAAAAAAGAAGGUGAGGGUACCCAUGGCAUCACUAAGGGGUAUUUGUUUGGGGGAGGGUGGCAGCCAGUAGCUGCAGGGUGAUUUGUUAUUAUCUAGUUUGGGGUUGUUGUAUAAUGGGCUGGCUGGAUAUUAUUACUAUGGUUACUAAAAAUAAUUUCAGGGUGUAGUAGCAUAUUAAUUUGUGCUGUAUAAUUAGUGUGUUUUGCAUGUUACAACAGAUAUCACUAUGUGAUUUAAUAUAGCUCUUUACCUAUUUGCACUUUACUACCAUAAACAGUUAGUCAGGGAACAUUUCAGGUUUUUUUGGGGGGGUGGGGGGUAUUAAAAUCCGAAUUGAAAAAAAUUAAGACAGAAAUAGGAGAUCUGGAAAUAUAAAUACGCAGGUCAGUUUUAAAAAUAAAGAAAUAAGUCAGGUUUGCUGAUUUAGCCUCACAUUUUAAUUCGCAACAUUCUGGAGUUUAGUGAAUAACUACAAUGGAAUGCUCAACAAUUGCUUGAAGAUAUAUGUAUUGUUAUUGCAUGGGGGGUGGAAAAGCUGGCAUAUAUGACAAGGUUAUGGUAAUAGUUUGUAUCUGUUCACGAGACAGGUCGGUGGAGACGCAGUGUCUGUGUUCACAUACGAGAUACAACCAAGUGCAGAAGAGCAGACGCAAGCAGCCAGAUCUGCUUUGAAACGGAUCAAGACCCUGAGACACCCCAAUAUUUUAUCAUAUGUGGAUGGAUUGGAGGUACUGGACCCAGUAAACCUUAUCAAUUUAGUUGCCAGUUCAGUAGAUUGACUGUGGCGACUGUUCAACGUAGAUUUCGGUGUAGUGCAUAUGUUUCAUAACUGCUUAACCCCUUAAGGGCACAUGACGUGUGACAUGUCAUGAUUCCCUUUUAUUCCAGAAGUUUGGUCCUUAAAGGGUUAAAAGGACAUUAUAGGCACCCAGACCACUUCAGCUCAUUGAAGUGGUUUGGGUGCAGGGUCCCUAUCCCACUUUGUCCAGUUUGAGAAACUGCAAAAAUUUGCCUUGCAUGGCUAAGACUGCCUUCAGUGGCCGGCUAAGACUGCAUUUAGACAGAAAAAUAGAAUUUGACGGCAUAUAACAACCAUCCGGCCCAUCUAGUCUGCCCAAUUUUCUAUAUACUUUCAUUAGUCCCUGGCCUUAUCUUAUAGUUAGGAUAGCCUUAUGCUUUUCCCACGCAUGCUUAAACUCCUUUACUGUGUUAACCUCUACCACUUCAGCUGGAAGGCUAUUCCAUGCAUACAAUAAUAAGAGAACUGAAGGGGAGACAGGGAGAUGGUGAAUUGUCUGCACCUCCUAAGUCUUCCCUCUGAGAAAAAGGAGAGCAACCCUUAGUAGAAGCUUAAAACCAUCACUUGUAAUCAAUUAUUUUAAAAUACCCAAGACAAGGAUGUUUGAAAAAUUCUAAUAAUCAAAUAAGUCCACUUACUUGAUUAUAAUAAUUUUUGACUUGAGUGGUGCGCACAAUUCACCAUCUCCCUGUCUCCCCUUCAGUUAUCUUAUUAUUGUAUUUAUGUAUAGGGGUUACCCCCCAUUCUCACGAGCAACCUGACACACUCUCCCUGCUCUCUCUUUUCAACUGGCUAUUCCAUGCAUCCACUACCUUCUUAAUAAAGUAAUACUUCCUGAUAUUGCUAAACCUUUAUCUCUCUAAUUUAAGACUGUCUUCUUGUUGUGGUAGUUUUUCUUUUAAAUAUACACUCCUCCUUUACUGACUAGAGUCCCUUCCAGAAUGCUAGCAGACCCUUAAACAACACUGGACGUCAUCCUCUGCAUGAGGACAUCCAGCGUCAGCGAAAACCCUAUAGAAAAUCAUUGAUUCAAUGCUUUCCUAUGAGGAGGGUCUAAUGUGCUUGAGGCGCUCUCUGUGGUCCCCCUUUUGAUUGACGUCGGAGGAGGAGGAUUGCCAACCCAGUGCAGAGGGACAUUAGCGCUGGAGUCGGGCGCGUUAAGGUUUUUUUUUUUUUUAAACCCUUUGUGUGCCGGAGGGGAGAAACCGGGGGUGGGGACUAAUGGGCACUAUAACAUUAGAAAUUCAGAUUUGUAUUCCUAACACUAUAGAAUCCCUUUAAAGUACAGAUCUAGUCAUAAUGUCUUUUAACCUGCUUUAUUGGAUCAUGAUAAUUGGUACUGCUUAAAUAUGCACCACAUUUUUUUUCCUGUGAUUUGUUCAACCCACACACUGUAUUUUGCCUAAAUUGAUCUUGCUACUAGACAGCCUGUAUCAAAAAUCCUGGAACAGAAUAUUCUACAAAAACAAACUAUGAUUUACUUGCACACUGCAAGCACCAUGCCCACUACUGCUUAUUUUGGUUACGGUUCUUUAAAGCUAUAACAACAACAAAAGUAUGUAUUCCUCAACAAUGAGAAAAUAAAUUGAAAACCCCUGCCUUAGAGAUAUGCUUCCAUCGUCUUCUCCAAAUCCUCAACCAGUUUUCUAUAAAUAUGGGAGCAAAAACUACAAAUAAAGGAAAGAAAGAAAACAUUUCAUAGGGUAGAAUACAAUUGUUAGCUGGCCAACGGAUAUGUCUUGGAUACAGCUCCUCCCAAAUUACUUCGCAAAAUAAAUUCAGUUUAUUCGAUUCCACUCGAAAGUAGAUGGUAGUUGCAUAAGGACAAAAGGCAGCCACAAUAGUGUAAUGUCAUUAAAUAAAUUUAUUAAGAAAUGCAUUUUAAACACAUACGUUAAAGAUCCACUAAAGUCACCCAGACCACUUCAUCUCAAUAAAGAGCUCUGGGGCAGUGGUCCUUUCAUUUUAAUCCCCUAGUGUAAAACAUUGCCAUUUUGUAGAAACGGCAAUUUUAACAUUGAAGGGUUAAGUACACCUCUAGCGGCUGUCUACUUGACAACCACUAGAGUAGCUUCCUCCUUCAGAACAGCGUCAAACUCGGCCCUGCAUUAAAAAUCUGUUUACAGCAGCAUUUGACUGGAUAACUGUGACAUUUGGCCACGUAUGGGUAUCUCAUCCAUCGAAGCUUAGAUUGGAUAAGACUGAGGCAUGCUGACAUCUUCUGAGAAGAAGCGGGAGUUGCAAAGGAGAAGUCUCUGCGCUUGAAAUGCGGUGAUAAAACUUUAUUUAACUUACAUUUUUAUCAGCAAAGGAGAGUGGCAAGUGCGCACAGUGAUAGAUGAGAACCAGUUGUCCCGAAAAAAAUAUUAUUUUUGGGACUAUAGAUUUCCAUUUAAAAUAAAGUCACAGCAUCAAACAGCAGCAGUCUCUCCCCUCUGUUGAGAGUAUCUCCUUCAGGUCUAAUAAUCUGUGAGGACUGUUGUGAUUACAAAAAAAAAAAUGACUGCCUAAUCCAGGUUACUGAACAGCAUUAAGGAAUAUACCUUUGUUUUUCAUUCUCUGUUAUUUUGUGUGGUUUUUUUUUAAAACUAAAAAGUCCCUCAUCUUUCGUUGCUAUUUCAGACUGACAAAUGUGUAUACAUAGUGACUGAGCCAGUGACCCAGCUUGGAACAUACAUGAAGUCUAGGACUGAUUCGGGGGGAGUCAGUGAGUUGGAGAUCUCAUGGGGCCUUCAUCAGAUUGUGGUAAGAAUGUCAAUCAUUAGAGUGUCAAAUUCGUAUGUGUUAUAUUAAAUGUUUUUGCUUUAUUCGGUAACAAAUAGCAGGAAUGACCCAAUUUCCCUAUUAUGUAUUUAUUUCACUUUAGAAAGCACUCAGUUUUUUGGUGAAUGAUGGUAACCUAAUUCACAAUAAUGUCUGUAUGUCGGCUGUGUAUGUGGACCGUGCUGGGGAAUGGAAGCUGGGUGGUCUUGAGUAUAUGUACCCAGCUGGAGCAGAAGAAACAGCCCCCAGAAAGAUCAGCGAGCUGGAGAAAUAUGACCCCCCAGAAAAGACAGAGCGAUCCAAGAGUUCCAAGGAAAAGUGGUGUGUUACUUUAACCUUCUAAAGUUUCUGCUUCAGUAUCUCUCUUAUUGAGAGAUACUGCUUCAUUGAAUUUAACCUCUGAAGUAUAAAUUGCAUUGAUUUGAAACCAAAUGCCAACAUAUAGGCCAAAAUAAUUCAUUUACAAAUUGUUUAGCUAAGCCAUGGUCACAGAUAUGCUAUUUUAGUCUGAAAUUUUCCAGUUUAGUUGCCAAUUCACUGUUUGGCAACUAAGCUCUCUUUGUAUAGAUUGCUUGCACCUUCUUGUACUUUCUCUUUCUUUGUUUUCUUUAAUUAACCCUUGCAUUGCAUAACUGACUCCCGUUGUAAGGGGAGUAGUUUGAUGAGCAAUUUCUGUGUAACAGGUCAGCUGAUAUGUGGUGCCUUGGCUGCUUAAUCUGGGAGGUGUUUAAUGGUCCUCUUCCACGCCCCACUGCUCUCCGAUCCCUUGGAAAGGUAUGCAAUACAUACAUGUAAUAGUGAGCUUGAAAGAAUUUACAAAAAAAAAAAAAAAAAGUAAUAGUGAGCUUGGUGGCUCAGUGUUUUUUAAAAUGAAGUAGCUUGUAAUUUAAUAUUAGAACCUAUAAUUCUGUUAAAGCAUUACUCCAAACACCAUGACCAAAUCAGUGAUUUGAAGUGGUCAUGGUGUCUGGAAUCUGUGUGUCCAGCGUUUUACUUUGAAAUGCUACAGGUACGGAGAUUAACCCGUCCCCUUCCAGAGGUGUGACUUCAUCUAUGGAAGGGUCAUUGGGCGUAUUCUGGACUGGCUAAUAAUGAUGCCAGCUCACAUAGCAUGUUGGUGCCAGGCAGCCAAUGGAGGCAUGACCUCCCUUCCAUGCUGCUAAUGUCCUACCCUCAGUCCAUCCUCCCUGUCCUCCCUCCGGUGAGGGAUGGUGACGUCAGCCAAGAAGGAUCGAGAUCAGGGAAGAAUUUUGCCUCUCCAGUGGAAACCAGAGAGGGAGGGAGGGCGGGCCACCACAGAAAGGGUUACUGUAACCAAAACCAGUGCUUUAUGAAAACACUGUUUUUUGGUUGGAGUGACCCUUUAAGCCUUAAAGCAAUAUUUCACAAUCUGUAGUUUUUGUUGGACUUUAUCAGUCGAUGUGAAACACAUUCAAUAACUUGUGUAAAGGUCAUAGUAGCGCAUGUAUGCAUUACAGAUAAGAUGUUAUGUUGUGGUUUAUUUGCCUGCUUUUGUAUAUAUCAGAUCCCCAAGACACUGGUGCCUCACUACUGCGAGCUGGUUGGAGCAAACCCCAAAGCCCGUCCCAAUCCAGCACGCUUCCUCCAGAACUGCCGCUCCCCAGGAGGGUUCCUUAGCAACAGUUUUGUGGAAACCAAUCUCUUCCUGGAAGAGAUUCAGGUCAGACCUCACCAUUGUAUACUCUAAUUUUGUUUCUGAAUAAUUUCUGCCACUUGCUCAGUUGGUUCUAUGUCUUUUUUGCUGUUCUGUUUUCUAUACUCUUACAUUAUAUCACAUGCUCUCCAUCUUUAAUUCUUCAUUUCUUUAUUUUUAUUGUUGUUCCAUGUUAAGCCAUUUUUUCACUAUUCUUCCACUAAUUAAACUUUUCUUAUUUUAUGACUUUCAGUUUUCUUGUUUGACAUUCCUUUAAAGGGAUACUCCACUGCUCAAAUUGGCAAAACAAAGUUUAAUAGAUAUACUCCAAAUCAAUACAUGCGUGUAUUGAUUUGGGGUAUAUCUUAAAAGGGCUCUCCCUCCGGCCCUCCACAUGCGCCUACUUUUGCACCCGACUGCCAUGCGUGCCCCCAUUACCUGGUGUUUUCGCAUUCACAGCAUUUUGAUCUGAGGUUAGGAGGGAGACAGGGAUGUUCAAGUUAAGCACACCUGACACUUCCGUUAGCUCAGGAGAGCUAACGGAAGCAGGAAUAACCCCUUUGGCUGUUUGACAGGUUAUUUCAGUAAUUAUUUAUAAAAGUGCUGAUUUCUCAUAGAAAUUGGUGCUUUUAUAAACUGUCAUUAUAAUGGGAAACUCCAUAAACCUCUUCAGCUUUAGAAGUGUGGAUUGUCCUUUAAUUUUUUUUUUUUGUCUAGUAGAUUCAUUCCAUCCUCAAAGGCAGUCCAACAUGUAAAUGUUGAGUAAGGAAUUCUACACAAAAUACUGUGAACUAAAGCACUUGUUUUCACCUGUAUUACCCAUUAGUGGGACAUAAUAAUCCUGAAUUGUGCUCACAGCACCUGGGUCUCCAUAUGUAAAACUCUCAUGUUGUCCUUUGUUCUUGUGUCCGAAAUCUUCAACUCCCAGGCCUUCUCUAUCCAUAGUAGAAAUGCAAUCUAAAGAAAUGAACGUACAAUUGUCUAUUGAGAUACUGCAGUGUUAAUAGCAAGUUUGCAGCAUUUCAGUUUGUGCCUCAGUCAUGCGUUAUGUACAUCUGUGAUACAUGGCUGAUAAUGCUCUAGAUCAGGGUUGGGCAACCUUCGGCACCCCAGGAGAUGUGGACUACAUCUCCCUUGAUGCUUUGUCAGCAUUAUGGCUGUAAAAGCAUUAUGGGAGAUGUAGUCCAAAACAUCUGGAGUGCCAAAGGUUGCCUACCACUGCUCUAGAUACAAUGAACAAGGAGUACUCGUCUAGAUAUCUGGAUCCCCUCUUUUAAACUUACAGGGACACUUAGAAUAUGCAACGAAGAUAAAAACAGAUUGUAAGAAAGAGAGACUUCCUGAGUCAGUGUGUUUGUGUAUUAAUAUAUAAUAUGAGCUAGGUGCCAAAAGCAAACAAAUGAGCAAAACUAAUUCAAGGCCUCCUAAAUGUGAACACCCUGUACAGCGAGCUCCAGAAAAUUACAGCAAACAGAGUGAGAAUGAGCAAAAAGUUAUGUGCCUAUUCUUAGGGUUUCUCUGUGUCACAGCGAGUCUCAGUGCUUACUGUGCUAAGAGUGGUAUAUCUCUCCUUCACGGACACCUUGGGGUUGUGUUGUUUGUGCUGAGAAACCUUAGCUGGACAUUGGAGUGCCCCUUGGAUUAGAUGUGUCACAAAUGAAAAUUUUCUUAGUUUGCUAAAGACACAAACUCCGGUCAGAUUUACUGAGUCUGUAACUAAAAACAGACCCGAAUAGGUUUCCUCUAUGAGUAGAGCAUGUCGUCAACAUUUCGUUGACCAAUUAGACAGUUAGAACCAAGUAAAUGGAAUGUUAAUAGCAUAGAAAACAUCUAAUUAGUUGCUUAGUGUGUUACAAGACAAGUUAAACCUGACUGAUGAAAAUGUACUCAUUCUGUGCCAGAGACAGUGGAAGUGGGCCAAAAUCAUUGUGACUUUUUCUAAUGAUUUGACUGUACUGUUCUAUAAUUGACACUCAUGGUUUUUACUAAAAUCAUUUAUAAGUUUUUAGUUAGAAUUCAGUUGAUGACAUAUUUCUCUGUUUAGAAAUAAACCACUUACACGAAGGCUGCUGUAUUCUUUUCAGUAUGUUUAUUCUCACCUUCUCUGACCGCCUUCCUUGCCUGUUGAUUCUCCUCUUCAUUUCAUUUUUCGUUGAUUUCUUAUCUUAAUAAGCCCUUUUUCCUUUUCAUAGAUAAAAGAUCCCACAGAGCGACAGACAUUUUUUGGACAGCUCAGUGAAAACUUGGACACAUUCCCAGAGGAUUUCUGUCGUCAUAAAAUCCUUCCCCAACUGCUGACAGCGUUUGAAUUUGGCAGUGCUGGCGCAAUUAUCCUGACUCCCUUAUUUAAGGUAGGUUCAGCAGCGCUAUAACAGCCCAUAUGCUGCUUCAUCAUCACUCUUCUGUAUGCAAUAUGUUUCCCUCAAGAAAAAUGAGAAGUGAGGGGUCGGACCUUGCGUUGCCAUGUCUGCAUGGCGUGGCCAAGAUUAUCUAACCAGAACAUGUUUAAUUUAACUGUAAUACAAUACUUCCUUAAAAGAUCAUGCUAAGCACAAUAACCACUGCAGGCAUCCUGUUUUAUGGUGCCAGGAGUCCCUUGGAGCGAUUUCCCAGUAAGGGGUCAAAUUGUUUGUAAAUGGUUUUACAGCUAUCUUAGUUUCACUGGGCAACAGCAGUGUUCCUAGUCUUCAUGGUGAAGCUACAACCGAAGUUCUAAUUCUUCUUUUGCGAUGUCAAUUUUGUGCAAUGCUUUACAUCAUUUUAUUGGUGAAGACUGUCAUCUGAUGUGCUCGAUCAGUGAAUAAUCUGAAAAGCUGCUCAGACUUGACAUAGUUUGAGGGAAUGCUUUCCGUCAUAUGGCAGCAUGGUCACUCUGUCACUUUGGUAAGUGUCAAACUAUUUGGCCCCUCAUUUGGGGGACAGCACCAGGGGCUCCUGGUACCAUAACAACUACAGUGGUUCUAACACCUGAUUCUAAUUAAAUCAUUUAUUUUAUAAAUAAUCAGUUGGCCCAACAAAAGAAUUGAACAUUGAUUCUUAUCUAGAGAUUACCAGUGAUUUCUUGGUCUGGCUACGGCCUUGACACAUCUGAUAUCAUAAAGUAUUCUAAAACAGGUUUGCUACUCCUAUUUAUGCAAUCAAUGCCCAUGCAGAAUGUAUAAGUCACAAUGGAUAGUAGUACCCUGUCAUGAAGUUAUUGCUGUCUGCUAGAAAGCACAUUGUUAUGCCUGCUAAGGGGUGAGUAGAUGUAGAUUUUACCUUAGAGAGUGUGUUGUAAAUGACAUGGACUUUUUAUUUAUUUUUCUGCUUGAGAAAAUACUGUUUAUUUGCCUAAAGUUUGUGCAAUGCUGUAAUUUGUUGUGUGAGCGGCACGGUUAGAAUAAUUUUGAUGUGUGAGCGGCACGGUUAGAAUAAUUUUGAUGUGUGAGCGGCACGGUUAGAAUAAUUUUGAUGUGUGAGCGGCACGGUUAGAAUAAUUUUGAUGUGUGAGCGGCACGGUUAGAAUAAUUUUGAUGUGUGAGCGGCACGGUUUUUGCCUUUUUAGAACACCUCUUUCAUACACAUAACUGACUCCUUUAUCACACUCCUUUUCAGAUUGGGAAGUUUCUUAAUGCUGAUGAAUAUCAACAAAAGAUAAUUCCAGUCAUUGUUAAAAUGUUCUCCUCUACAGACCGCGCCAUGAGGAUACGACUUCUUCAGCAGGUGUGGCUAUGCCUUUUAACUGUUAGAUUUACUUUGAUCCUUACAAAACAAAAACCUAAAAUAUAUCACAUAGUCAUUGUUUCAUUUAAAAGCAAAAUAUUAACUUUUCUGUUCAGGUUGAUAUCACCUAUUCCUUGCUUGUAUCAUAAACUGCUAGCAUAUUCAUUAUUUCUAUAAGCAUUCUGACUGCUUUUAAAUACCUCCAGGCAGUCUUCAGGGAGAAUAAACCCCAUCUUGGAUUCCCCCGUUAUAGCCAUUUAUAGCCUCUUCAUAGCUAUUGACAUUUUAAUUGAUUAUGUAUUGCUUCAUAAGAAGUAAUCAAAACAGUGGUUUCAAUAGCCUCCCUUAAAUGCAUGCAUGUAAUAUACAAAGUCCCUCUUUUUUUAUUUAUUUUUUUGGACAGACAAUAUUUUUCUGUUCUUGUUCUUUUGUAGCCAUUGGCUAACUACUAAUAGCAGCAACAAAAUAACAAUAAUCAUCAAAUUAGCGAUCCAUUAAUAUUUCAUGUCCUGGUUUAUUGUGUUUAUUUAAAGGGACACUAUAGUCACCUGAACAACUUUAGCUUAAUGAAGCAGUUUUGGUGUAUAGAACAUGCCCCUGCAACCUCACUGCUCAAUCCUCUGCCAUUUAGGAGUUAAAUCCCUUUGUUUAUGAACCUUAGUCACACCUCCCUGCAUGUGACUUGCACAGCCUUCCAUAAACACUUCCUGUAAAGAGAGCCCUAUUUAGGCUUUCUUUAUUGCAAGUUCUGUUUAAUUAAGAUUUUUCUUAUCCCCUGCUAUGUUAAUAGCUUGCUAGACCCUGUAGCCUCCUGUAUGUGAUUAAAGUUCAAUUUAGAGAUUGAGAUACAAUUAUUUAAGGUAAAUUACAUCUGUUUGAAAGUGAAACCAGUUUUUUUUUCAUGCAGGCUCUGUCAAUCAUAGCCAGGGGAGGUGUGGCUAGGGCUGCAUAAACAGAAACAAAGUGAUUUAACCCCUUCAGACCGGAGGGCGUACUAUUACGCCCUAUAAUAGGCGGCUCUAAACGCCGGUGGGCGUAAUAGUACGCCCUCCGGUCUUUCGGUACUUACUCGGUCGCCGGCGGUCCCACGCCAGCGAUCGCGGUGGGGGGGACUCCUAGGGAGCCCCCGCAGCACUUCCGUCCUCCACGAAGCCCCCCGGCCAUGUGAGAGUGGGGUCCUUGCGAGGACCCCACAAUCACAUGGCCGGGGAUAGCUGGCUUCUGUAUUGCCAGCAGGGUGGCUGCCUGUAAUGACAGGUGGUCCCCCUGCUGGCUGAAAAUAAAAUUAAAACAAAUAAAUGGUGUAAAAAAAAUAAUAAUAUAUACUACACAUAUACAUACACACAUGUACACCGUCUAGGUGUAUUUUACUAUUAAUAAAUAUAUAUAUAUACAGGGAGUGCAGAAUUAUUAGGCAAGUUGUAUUUUUGAGGAUUAAUUUUAUUAUUGAACAACAACCAUGUUCUCAAUGAACCCAAAAAACUCAUUAAUAUCAAAGCUGAAUAUUUUUGGAAGUAGUUUUUAGUUUGUUUUAGUUAUAGCUAUGUUAGGGGGAUAUCUGUGUGUGCAGGUGACUAUUACUGUGCAUAAUUAUUAGGCAACUUAACAAAAACAAAUAUAUACCCAUUUCAAUUAUUUAUUAUUACCAGUGAAACCAAUAUAACAUCUCAACAUUCACAAAUAUACAUUUCUGACAUUCAAAACAAAAACAAAUCAGUGACCAAUAUAGCCACCUUUCUUUGCAAGGACACUCAAAAGCCUGCCAUCCAUGGAUUCUGUCAGUGUUUUGAUCUGUUCACCAUCAACAUUGCGUGCAGCAGCAACCACAGCCUCCCAGACACUGUUCAGAGGUGUACUGUUUUCCCUCCUUGUAAAUCUCACAUUUGAUGAUGGACCACAGGUUCUCAAUGGGGUUCAGAUCAGGUGAACAAGGCCAUGUCAUUAGAUUUUCUUCUUUUAUACCCUUUCUUGCCAGCCACGCUGUGGAGUACUUGGACGCAUGUGAUGGAGCAUUGUCCUGCAUUAAAAUCAUGUUUUUCUUGAAGGAUGCAGACUUCUUCCUGUACCACUGCUUGAAGAAGGUGUCUUCCAGGAACUGGCAGUAGGACUGGGAGUUGAGCUUGACUCCAUCCUCAACCCG